CACUUCCGGGCCAGCCCUGCUGCGCAGCUCUCAAUAACAGAGUCGCAGUGACUCAGGCAGCAGCUUAAUCAUUUGGUUCCAAAAAAGAUAUUUCCCCAACUUAACUUCCGCUCCCUCCCGCUGUCUUUCCUUCCUCCCCCUCCAACUGGCUUUGCUAAGACCCCAAGGGGCAGCCCCAGUCCCCCGUUCACCCACUUCUGGGCAGGAGAGGCCUGGCCUUGGGGGUCAUUCUGGGGGUCUGAGGGGAGAGCAGAGGGGGCUCUUGGUGACAGGGACUCACUCCCACACCCUCUCCUCAGGCGGAAGCCCUCAGCCGGCUGGUGACAGGCCCAGCCUGGGUGGGAAGGCCCUGCCCCCACAGGAAGUUACAGCAGAGCGGCCUGUGGUAUCAGCCUGGAAGGGAGCAGGCCUGGUGACGGGGGGCUUCUCAUCGCCUUUCUCUGCUGGGAGCGGGGGCGGCCCCUUCCUGGGAGGGCAGCAGGCCCACUCCGAUAGCCAGAGCCGGAAGGCAGACCCACCGAUAGGCCCAGGCAGCCUGGGUCCCGGGGCCCUUGCCCGUGGGGACAGGUGGAUUCCUCAGACCAGCUGAUGCGCCCUGUAGAGCCCAGGAGGGAGGUCGGUCAGCUUGUGGACAGCACGGGGCCCCGGGCAGCCCGGCCAGAGGCUGAGGUGGUGUGGGGAGCUUCUAGAAGGCAAGGCCCAAGGAGGCCAUGAAAGCAGAAGUGGAGAAUGGCAGGUCCCUCAGGAGACUGGGCGUCAGAUGGAGACUCAGGAGGCCUGGCCGCGUAGGGCAGAGAGGACGAAAGCCCGGUUGGCCCUGGGGCAUGGCCCACGGCAAAGCAAGAGACCUAAACAAAAAAGCUGGUCAGACCCCACUCUCCACUGCUGCUGGGCCCCCGGGGUCAAGUCCCUCCAGUUCCUGUCCCCUGGCCUGGGAUACUGUCCCCAUACCUUUUCUCCCACUCCGACAUCUCUGAGGCUCAGCCAAGCCGCCUGUGCCAGCUGCUGGCCUGGAACGCAACGGGGCAGAGCGCAAGCAGGACUGGUCGGAUCAUGCCAUUUGGUGGGAACAGAAAAGGCAGUGGUUGUUGCAGACCCACUGGACACUGGACAAAUACGGGAUCCUGGCCGACGCCCGCCUCUUCUUCGGGCCCCAGCACCGGCCCAUCAUCCUGCGGCUGCCCAAUCGCUGUGCCCUGCGCCUCCGAGCCAGCUUCUCCCAGCCCCUCUUCCAGGCCGUCACUGCCAUCUGCCGGCUCCUCAGUAUCCGGCACCCUGAGGAGCUGUCUCUGCUCCGGGCCCCUGAGAAGAAGGAGAAGAAGAAGAAGGAGAAGGAGCCGGAGGAGGAGGUGUAUGACUUGACCAAGGUCGUCCUGGCCGGGGGUGUGGCACCUGCCUUGUUCCGGGGGAUGCCAGCCCACUUCUCAGACAGUGCCCAGACGGAGGCCUGCUACCACAUGCUGAGCCGGCCGCAGCCACCGCCAGACCCCCUCCUGCUCCAGCGCCUGCCCCGGCCCGGCUCCCUUUUGGACAAGACCAAGCUCCACAGCAGGUGGCUGGACUCGUCGAGGUGCCUCAUGCAGCAGGGCAUCAAGGCUGGCGACACACUCUGGCUGCGCUUCAAGUACUACAGCUUCUUUGACCUGGACCCCAAGACUGACCCAGUGCGGCUGACCCAGCUGUACGAGCAGGCUCGGUGGGACCUGCUGCUGGAGGAGAUCGACUGUACCGAGGAGGAGAUGAUGGUGUUUGCAGCCCUGCAGUACCACAUCAACAAGCUGUCCCAGAGCGGGGAGGUGGACGAACCGGCCAGCACAGACCAGGGGCUGGAUGACCUGGAUGCAGCCCUGAGCAACCUGGAGGUGAAGCUAGAGGGAUCGGCGCCCUCGGACGUGCUGGACAGCCUCACCACCAUCCCAGAACUCCGCGACCAUCUCCGGAUCUUCCGGCCCCGGAAGCUGACCCUGAAGGGGUACCGCCAGCACUGGGUGGUGUUCAAGGAGACCACGCUGUCCUACUACAAGAGCCAGGACGAGGCCCCCGGGGACCCCAUUCAGCAGCUCAACCUCAAGGGCUGUGAAGUGGUCCCUGAUGUCAAUGUCUCAGCCCAGAAGUUCUGCAUCAAACUCCUGGUACCCUCCCCUGAGGGCAUGAGUGAGAUCUACCUGCGGUGCCAGGAUGAGCAGCAGUAUGCCCGCUGGAUGGCCGGCUGCCGACUGGCCUCCAAGGGCCGCACCAUGGCUGACAGCAGCUACUCCAGCGAGGUGCAGGCCAUCCUAGCCUUCCUCAGCCUGCAGCGGACAGGCGGCGGGGGCUCAGGCAGCAACCCUCAGGGCCCUGAUGCCUCCGCCGAGGGCCUCAACCCCUAUGGCCUUGUCGCCCCCCGCUUCCAGCGCAAGUUCAAGUCCAAGCAGCUCACCCCCCGGAUCCUAGAAGCCCACCAGAACGUGGCCCAACUCUCGCUGUCUGAGGCCCAGCUGCGCUUCAUCCAGGCCUGGCAGUCCUUGCCUGACUUCGGCAUCUCCUACGUCGUGGUCAGGUUCAAGGGCAGCCGGAAAGACGAGAUCCUGGGCAUUGCCAACAACCGACUGAUCCGCAUUGACCUGGCCGUGGGGGACGUGGUCAAGACCUGGCGCUUCAGCAACAUGCGCCAGUGGAACGUCAACUGGGACAUCCGGCAGGUGGCCAUCGAGUUUGACGAGCACAUCAACGUGGCUUUCAGCUGUGUGUCUGCCAGCUGCCGCACCGUGCACGAGUACAUCGGAGGCUACAUCUUUCUGUCAACGCGGGAGCGGGCCCGCGGGGAGGAGCUGGACGAGGACCUCUUCCUGCAGCUCACAGGAGGUCACGAGGCCUUCUGAAGCCCGUCAUGCUGCCCCUGCCCUGCUCACCACCUGCCACUAAGCCCACACCCAUAGGGACUCACCACCCACGCCCUCUCCAGACAUGCACCGAGCUGGGCACAUUCACCCACUGUCACUGGCCUUGUGCAGAUCGGGGACCCGGCUGGGCCAGACUCUGCCAGCCCCCAGGCUAGGGAGGGUGGGCCCUGAGCUUGCACAGCACCCGCCCUUCCCUUGUCCAAGUGGCCAAGACCAACACCCUUGACCUGGCUGUGGUCCCUGAGCACACAAGGAAGGCCGGCUGCAGCUACAGGAGGAUGACUCAUGGUUUCAAACUGGAGUUUCUUUUUGUUAUCUUUUUACAUUUUUAAAAAAUAAAUAUUUGA